UUGAUGAUACGCAUGCGCAACACUCAACCAAGGCUAACCUUCUUCCACUGUAUUUGAUAACAUGGGGAGUGACUUGAACACAGUUUUGGAUCAAACUUAAUGUAUUGUACAGAUAUCGGCUCGACUCUGACAGCUUGGAGCUUGUGUGACUCUCGUAGUUGAUCCUCUGCGGCCGUGAAGGACGAAGAAGACGGUGAAGAGGAAGAAGAAGAGGAAGAAAGUGGAAGUGGAUGAAUUUCUGCGGCGGUUGGACUUUCAGUCGCGAGCUCAGCAGAAUCUCCUGUCCGCUCUCGCGCGGGGAGCUCAGUCUUGUGAGCGCGCGGCUGUGUGGUGGAAGAUGGCGCUAGCCGAAUGGAAAUGCUAAUGACAGUCUCCAAAUUUGCCUCUUUUUGUACCAUGGGCGCCAAUGCCUCUGCUCUGGAGAAAGAGAUUGGAUCUGAGCAGUUUCCUGUCAAUGAGCACUACUUCGGCCUGGUCAACUUUGGGAACACCUGCUACUGCAACUCGGUGCUGCAGGCUCUGUACUUCUGCCGGCCGUUUCGGGAGAAGAUCUUGGCAUACCGCAGUCAGCCUCGGAGAAAGGAGAACCUGCUCACCUGUCUGGCUGACCUCUUCCACAGUAUCGCCAACCAGAAGAGGAAAGUGGGCGUCAUACCACCCAAGAAAUUCAUCACACGACUGCGCAAGGAGAAUGAGCUGUUUGACAACUACAUGCAGCAGGAUGCCCACGAGUUCUUGAACUACCUGCUCAACACCAUCGCAGAUCUGCUUCAGGAGGAGAGGAAGCAGGAGAAGACCAAUGGCCGCCUCGCCAACGGCACACUGGACUCCCAGAACAACAACAGCAACGCAACACCUGCUCCCACCUGGGUCCAUGAGAUCUUCCAAGGCACGCUGACCAAUGAGACGCGCUGCCUCACCUGUGAAACGAUAAGCAGCAAAGACGAGGACUUCCUGGACCUCUCUGUGGAUGUAGAACAGAAUACCUCCAUCACACACUGCCUCAGAGGUUUCAGUAACACAGAGACUCUGUGCAGCGAGUACAAAUACUACUGUGAAGAAUGUAGAAGCAAGCAGGAGGCACACAAGAGGAUGCGUGUGAAGAAGCUACCGAUGAUCUUGGCUUUGCACCUAAAGCGCUUUAAGUACAUGGAGCAGCUGCAGCGCUACACCAAGCUGUCCUAUCGGGUCGUCUUCCCCCUGGAGCUCCGCCUCUUCAACACCUCCGGGGACGCCACCAAUCCCGAGAGGCUCUACGACCUGGUGGCCGUGGUGGUGCAUUGUGGGAGUGGUCCAAACAGAGGUCACUACAUCGCCAUCGUAAAGAGCCACGACUUCUGGUUGUUAUUUGAUGAUGACAUCGUGGAGAAAAUCGAUGCACAGGCCAUAGAGGAGUUCUACGGUCUCACUUCUGAAAUCUCCAAGAACUCUGAGUCGGGCUACAUCCUGUUCUACCAGUCCAGAGACUGAAGGUGGAGCAGCGUGUGUCAACGCAGACACCAGGAGAGAACCGCUCUGUUCCUCUCUGGGGGCCGCAGCGGACCAUAAACGCACCACAGCAGCCCGCAUGGUGUCACACCUGAUUGUGCAGCUGUAGUUCAUACUCGUGCUUUUACGCACUCAGCUCAGCCUUGGAAGCAAACCCCCUAUAACCUCCCUCCCUCUUUUUUUUCCUCCCUCCUUUCCGGCUGGAUGCUGCUGCUGCCGCCUGGACUUUGAGACGAUAAUGAAUGAAAACUGUGUUUAGAUUGUUUUUAAAAAAAGACCAUGAAUGAGGGUUGUACAGAUUUUGGUCGGUCGUAUGAGUGCUGUAUUAGUUUUUGCCUUGGGUGUGGGGUCGAAUGGGUAUUUAAUAAUUCAUAUAAUGUAAUAUUGGCCUGGUGUCUGCACCCCCACGUUGUUUUUCUGCACUGGGAGGAAGGGAGAGCGGAUCAUGUUUUUGAUCAUGGAUGUAAAGGUGGAUGGGUGUGAUGGGGCACACUGGGGUGUAUAUUUCUACAGUGUACAGGAUGGUAUUUGUAUAAAUAUUACAAGAAGAUAAUAUUAUCAUUGGAAAUGUUAGACCUUGAGAAGAUGUAUUAACACUAUGGUGCACUUUUGAUACCGUUUUGUAGGUGUUGGCAAGUUUAACGUGAGGGUUUGCUUAAAAGGCCUGUUGUGAAGCGAUCAUUUUCUGUUUUAAAGAAAAGAAAUAAAGCGAGUCAGAUUGAG